UUGCACAGCGGACACAUGACCGCGCUCCGGUGCGCGCUGGCGGCUGGAGCGCGCGUCAACGGAGCUCGAGAUCACAGGUGGAGGUUUGUGCGCUCGACGCUCGUCCAGGACAGACCAUCAUGACCCAAGCAGUUCAGGACGGGUUCUUAUCAUGACUGCAAGUUUGGAUGAUCCGGUCCGGUCCGGUUAUGGACUUUAUGGUGUAGUUUCGUUGCCGUGCGCAGAACUAAACCCGUGGAUUUGACUGCAUGUCGGGACUGAACGCAGUGGAUUAUCGUCUAAUGAGCGUAGUCAGUGGAUUUAUAUCGCGAUAUGAUGUUUCACUAGAGUGAAACUGAAUCGCUCUAGGUGAGAAGUAUCGUCAUCUCUUUCCUCUCACUGUUACCUGAGAUGGCGAUCAACAUCAGCAGCGGCACGCGAGAGUCAGACGGUCUAUCUGUUCUGGAGCAGCUGGGUCUGGACCAGAACUCAGAUUUUUCCGACACCAACGUGCAGCAGCGAUUGGACGAGCAGCGCGAGUGGAUUCGGAGGGAGAUACGUAAAGAGUUUAAGAUCAAAGCGGGUGCAGAUAACCUGCGGCGGGCCACCACAGACAAGCGUAACGCUCAGCAGGUGGACAGUCAGUUACGCAGCUCCUCGCGCAGACUGGAUUCACUUCACGCGCAGCUGCAGGAACUGGACGCUCACAUAGUGGUCAAAGGUCACGAUGACAGUAAAGAUGACCUUCAGUCUCCCAGGACAACAGGUCGCUCUUCUGCCAAUCAGGACCGGAUUAAGGCUCUGGAGCGACAGCUUAACAUUGAGCUGAAGGUUAAACAGGGGGCAGAGAACAUGAUCCCAAUCUAUGCCAAUGGAAAUACAAAGGAUAAGAAGCUGCUUCAGUCGGCUCAGCAGAUGUUGCAGGACAGUAAGAUGAAGAUUGACAUCAUUCGCAUGCAGAUCUGCAAAGCCAUGCAGGCCACAGAGCAGACAAACGAGUCUCACGGUAAAGAUGAUAUGUGCGGGGUGGAGCUCAGGAUCGAGGAGCUCUGGCAUCAUUACCGUGUGGAGCACGCCAUGGCCGAGGGUGCCAAAAACAUGUUGAGACUACUGGGAACUGGAAAAGCACAAGACAAGAAAGCCAUUGCUGAGGCUCAGAGUCGAUUAAGUGAAGCUUCUCAACGUUUGGAUCUUCUGCGAGUGUCGUUAGAGCAACGUUUGGUAGAUCUACCAGAAGAUCAUCCUAAAGCGUGUCUGAUCAAAGAGGAACUGGUGUUGUCAUCAUCUUCAGCGUUCAGUUCACGUCACAGCGCCCCCUACAUUCACAAUCAGUACAGCACUCUCAGCAGACCAUCACCUCUCACCGGAACGCUGCAGGUUCGAUUGUUAGGUUGUGUUGGGCUGCUGGACGUCGUCCCUGGCCGCAGUCGAGCAUCACCGGUGGUCUUACCGCACUUUAAUCCGGGAGACGGACGACCCUUUAAACUCACACUGAGCACCAGAAACAGCAGUUUUAGUCUGAAACUACCCAGCAAAACUGAAGAUCUAUCCUCGGAGGUGAGUGCUGUGUUAAAGCUGGAGAACUGUGUUGUUGGUCAGACGUGUUGGAAAGGUGUUGGAGAACUGACCUGGGAUCAAAGUUUCACUGUUGAGCUGGAAAGAUCCAGAGAGAUGGAGAUCGCAGUAUACUGGCGUGACUAUCGUUCACUCUGCGCGCUGAAAUAUCUCAAGCUGGAGGAGUUUCUGGACAAUCAGAGACACAAAAUACAGCUAGAGCUCGAACCUCAGGGACUGCUGCUGGCGGAGGUGAUGUUCUUUAAUCCAGUCAUAGAGAGAGGUCCACGUCUCCAGCGUCAGAGGAAGAUUUUCUCUAAACAGCAGGGUAAAGCGUUCAUGCGUGCAAAGCAGUUAAAUGUUGACAUGACCACAUGGGUUCGACUGCUGAAGAAUGCCAUUACCAUUAGCCCAUCAGCACACAACUACCCACAUCACCACAACACACACAACAGCAGUGCUGAUAUUUCAAUCCAGAAGAUUCAACUGGACGGUGAAUCUCCAGCAUCUGAGAGGAGGAGAAACAUCUCACAGAGGUUACACACGAUGGACAGUGUUUCAGAGACAGAUUCUGGCUCUCCUGAACCUCCAACACCUCAGAGGGCUGUCAGGAAAGCUUCCCAUAAUUCCCAGCGCAGGCCAGCGGGUUCAUCUCUGGGUCUUGAGGAUUUCCGACUGAUCGCUGUUUUGGGACGAGGACAUUUCGGCAAGGUGCUGCUGUCUGAAUACAAAAAGUCAGGAAAUCUGUAUGCCAUUAAAGCUCUGAAGAAAGGAGACAUUGUGGCACGGGAUGAGGUGGAAAGUUUGCUAUGUGAGAAGCGAAUCUUCGAGACGGUGAACAGCGCCAGGCAUCCGUUCCUGGUAAACCUGUUUGCGUGUUUUCAGACAUCAGAACAUGUGUGUUUCGUCAUGGAGUACACAGCAGGCGGUGAUCUGAUGAUGCACAUACACGCUGAUGUCUUCUCUGAACAACGAUCUGUGUUUUAUUCUGCAUGUGUAGUUUUGGGACUUCAGUUCCUUCAUGAUAAUAAGAUUGUGUAUAGAGAUCUGAAGCUUGACAAUCUCCUUGUGGACACUGAAGGUUAUGUAAAGAUCGCAGACUUUGGUCUCUGUAAGGAGGGAAUGGGUUUUGGGGACAGGACCAGCACUUUCUGUGGUACUCCAGAGUUUCUUGCUCCAGAGGUUUUGACUGACACAUCUUACACAAGAGCAGUUGAUUGGUGGGGUCUCGGUGUGCUCAUUUAUGAGAUGCUGGUUGGAGAGUCGCCAUUUCCAGGUGAUGAUGAGGAGGAAGUGUUUGACAGCAUUGUCAAUGAUGAAGUACGCUACCCAAGAUUUCUCUCCACCGAGGCCAUUGGCAUUAUGAGACGGUUGCUGAGGCGCAAUGCGGAGAAGCGACUGGGCUCCAGUGAGAAAGAUGCUGAGGACAUCAAGAAACAGCCGUUCUUUAGAAAUAUGGACUUUGAGGCUUUAUUGCAGAGGAAAGUUCCUCCUCCGUUCGUCCCGGCCGUGACAGGAAAAGAGGACGUCAGUAACUUUGAUGCAGAGUUUACAAAUGAAGCUCCGGCUCUGACGCCUCCUCGUGAAACGCGCAGCCUCACACGCAAAGACCAGGACCACUUUAAAGACUUUGACUACGUCUCUGACCUCUGUUAGGAUGUAGGGGAUACUAUGAGGCUGCUAGGUAUGAGAGAUUUGGACCUUUGUCUUGUCCUAACAUGGAUCUCUCACCCUGGUGACGUUUGACUUGUGGGCUUAGGACCUUCAGGGACGUCCUCCUGGUGGAAAAGAUCUGCUGAUAGAUGUGUUUUAAAUUGGACAUCAGGAAAGAUGGAGAUUUCAGGGUAAAGACUCUAACGGUCACUGUAGAAAGGAAAUUCAAUAAUCCAAAUAAUGUGAUGACUUAUGGUGUAUCGAAAUGCUGGCAGAAGAAAGUUUAUCAUUUCUUGUUUAGGGCAGAGGUAGCAUUUACCAAUGGUCCAAUCAGGGUCAGCCAUGACCCCAAUCAUUAGCAUCAUAGAUGAUAAAAACAAUGGCUGUGUUCAGAAUAAAAAAAAUGAUCAUUUGUGCCGCUGCAGUGACAGGUUUACGUUGUUCCCGCUUUUGUCUUUUAAACUUUGAAGCUCAACCAAACGUGUGUGUGUGCAAAAGAUGAUUCGCCUUAUAACGCUCACUUGUGAUUGGGUACAUGUUACUCUAAUCUAAGUAACAAACAAAAACAUGGGAAUGGUGGUGGCGAGUUGAAAAGUGCAAAGGACAGAGUCAUCUCUAUUUGAAAGUGUUGUUGCAUUUUUCUAAAAAGUUGCACGCCAGCAUUUUUGUGAAGUUUCAAAAUGCCUUCCAGGAAAAUGUUCUUCUAUAAAUAUAUAAACAUACAAAUAUAUCAUAUAACUCUAACCUUGCUUUCAAACAAACAAAACGGGAAUUUUUUUAUCCUUUCUUCAUUUGUUCUUUUUUUAUAACCUCUUAACUGUGGGCUCACACCAUAUGCGUUUGAGGCGUCAAAUUCGUGUCUAUCGUGCGUAAUUGGACGCUUGAACAUUUUGAGUGUACUGGCUUCAUUCGUGCAUAAAAAAGCCGUGCAUGAAAUUCUAGUCAUCGAGACAUUCACAUGGAAAUUUGCAUCAUGGGAGGGCCUUAUGCGACUCCGCUUGCUUCCUGUAAUCACGUCACUACUAGAGCAAGCUCCUGAUUAGUUAACGUGGCGCUUUUUUUCGCCCAAGUUUGCAUUUUUCAACUCGCGCGUUUCCUGUGGCAAUGCUCAAUUUGUGUCAUUUGCAUGAACUAGACGCGCGAAUGAGGUGCAAUCCGGUCUAGCACGCCACAUUAAACGCCUCAUUCGUGCCGCGAGACCUCCAGACGUGCGUCAACGCCUCUACUGCGGCUGGUGUGAACGCAGCAUUAAAUAUGGGUAGUUUUUUUCAAAAAGACCAAAUGUUGAGCAAAAAGAUGAAUUAAUUGCAUUUUUGUAAAGGAAUUUUGUUAGAGAUUCGAUUCAGAAUGAUUAUCAAAACAUAAACAGAGUUUAAACAUUUGUUAAAUUCGUUUUUGCUUCAGUUUUUAUAAAUUGGGUAAGAGCGCCAUCUAGUGGAUAAUAGCAGAAUUACAGAUUACCGUAAAAACUCGUCAGGAAAGCGUUAUUGGCAGGGAAAUGUUUUCUCUUAAUUGACGAGAUAACUUAUCAAUGGUGGGGAAAGAUUUAAUGUGUCGACUAAACGCUUUACACCCUAAAGAGCUUUCAACAGCGGUACAAGUUCAAAAAUAUAAAAUGUAAUAUAAAAUGAUUUGUUUUAUAAUUGACAUUUUUUGGGUGAUGUAAAAUAUUUUAUUAAUUUCUAUCCAAAAAGUUUUCCAAUCCUGCAUGUGAAUUUUUACAUUUUAAAAUACUUUCACAAGAUAAUGUGUACAUGCAGAAACACAGUAGUAUGUAGUAUAAAGCAUGUUAUUCUGAACACAGCCACUGACUGAAAUCAUCAGAAAUGGUAGUUAAAUAGUUUUAUAAUAUCUCAUCAUCAGAUUUUCUCUUUAUCUUUAUCUCUUUGUCUGCUUUACAGUGUACAGUGCUGUAAUACACACAUAUGACCACACAAGGGCCCUAGAGAGCCGUAAAAGCAGAAACAGAUUGUCGACAGGUUGUUUGUUUCAUUCAGAUUUAUGUAGCAUCUUUGUUGACUGACAUUGUGCUGGUGUUCAGCCAGGGAACGAACAAAUACAACAUAAAUAUAAUGUGAUCCGUCUGCCCACAUAUUAGUUUUGAGAGGAUUUCAGAAUCAUUACGUUCAUUAUAUAUCUGCUGCUUUGAUGUGACAGUCACCCAUAUGAUGUUUGUAAAUAAAAAUGUUUAAUCUCUGACAGA